AUGAAUCAAAUUUGGUCUACUGGCCCCUCAAGUUUUUACCUUAACUCUGAAUGGAAAGAAAAUAAGAGAACUAAUAGAACAAUUGAAGACUCAUUAAGAGAAUUAGAUGGAUUAAUUCAUUCUUUGGAGAGAACACAUAUAGAAGUACAAACAAAUCCAAAACUAAAGAGAUGCAUACCAUUUUCAAAAGACAUCGAAAAGAAGGAAAAUAAAGAUGAAAUCACCAACAGAAGCUACAUGCAUCAAACAAAUAGUAUUCCAUUAGCAAGUUCAAACCUGAAUCGGAACUACUCUAUUUCUAGAGGGUAUAAUCAAUCUGAAAACAAUAAUAACUAUUACAAGGAAUAUCUAUCGAAACCAAGGUCUUUCCAACAGUUAACCAAAGAUCAAACUUUAAACGAGUUCAUUAAAAGGAAAAGCUCCGCAAUUAUCCCUCCCUGGCUAAAUAUUCCGGAAAAUUCAAGAUUCUUUGUAAUAAAGUCCUCAUCUUUGAGACAUGUUAAAAGAUCGUUUUACAACGGAAUUUGGUCGUCCACCCAUUUUGGUAAUAAAAGGCUCUCUGAAGCAUAUAAAACACUGCCUUCAGGAGCCAAAGUUUUUUUGUUUUUCUCAAUAAACACAUCAGGAAGAUUCUGUGGCGUUGCUGAAAUGGUGUCAGAUUUAAAAAUGGAUUUGGACACCAGUAUUUGGGAAGACGAACAAAAGUAUGGAAAAGCGUUUAAGGUAAGAUGGGUGAUUGUACGUGAUGUUAAUAACAGGUCGUUAAAGAGGUUUUUGAUACCAUCCAAUGAAAUGAAACCGAUAACACAUUCCAGAGAUACUCAGGAGGUUCCGUACUCAAUCGGAAUUUCAAUAGUUAAUCUAUUCAAGAUCCAAGAUUCUGAUAUUUUUUCCUUCUUGGAUGAAACAUACGAAUAG